GGUACCGUGCCACGUUUGCAUGCAGCACAGCGUCUCUGAAAGUUGCUUCCGGGCUAUCUGUUGCGGCGGGGUCCCACAUAUUGAGCCGAAAAUUCAACCUUUGGGAACAUUUUCACACGGAAAAGACUUAACACCAGAGCUGAGAUGGCGAAGCAGAUGCAGACCACGGCAGCAAUGGCUAUUGUCAAACUACUUUUGACAAUUUUCAACUUGAUUUUUUGGCUUGUCGGUCUGUCACUCCUAGCUGUGGGCAUAUGGGGUAUAUUUGAAUUAAAAUACUACCUGGAGCUGUCCAAAACGGACUACUCCAACGUGGAGUACGUAUUGAUUGGAACAGGUAGCUUCAUGAUUGCCGCUGGGAUCAUCGGAUGCUGCGCUACAGUCAAGAAUAUCGCCUGGCUCCUCCAACUCUAUGGCGUCAUGGUCUUUGUCGUCUUUAUUGCUCUACUAGCUGCAGGUAUCUCUGGAUUUGUUUACAAAAAACCUUUGCAAGAGGGAUUCAAGAAAGGACUGAAGGAACACAUUGAUGAUUAUAAGGGAUCGUCCAAAGUACCGGAUUCAUAUGUAGACAAACUCCAAGAAAAGCUUUCAUGCUGCGGCUCGCAAAAUUACACUGACUGGAUGCAAUCGGAUUGGUCUCAGGAUCAUGUGAACCAGGUACCGUCAAGCUGCUGCAACGCUUCCGUCAGUGAAGACAUCUGCAGCAAACAGCAGUCUGCUAUUCCUAUCAAGACGAAUGGAACAUUGCUAGCAUUUAACAAGGGUUGCUAUGAGAAAGUGGCUUCUUUUCUUGACAACAAGAUGGCCAUUAUUGGGGGCAGCGCUCUUGGAUUCGCUUUCUUUCAGAUCAUCGGAAUCGUUCUUGCCUUCGGACUCGCCAAACUCAUCAACACCAACAAGUAUGAGAUGAUGUGAGAACCCUAAACCCAUCCUACCCAACCCCUUACCCCCAGCCUCCUCCACCCCCCCCACCCACACCCACACCCUCCUCACGCCCAAAUCUACCCCCCCCCCCCAAAGCCAAAGCCCCACAUCUAUUCAACGUCAUGUAGUAAUCUAUUUGUACACUUAUUAAAGACACCGCUAGUCUUGAAUUUGCUGCAACCACCAGUAAAGCAAGUUCGUCAACCAAAAGUGUACCGAGGAAGGUUGGCUUUUCCUUUAUUGCCCAAAACAUAGUGUAACUUUUAAUCUGUAGAUUCUGAAACCUACUGUGUACACAGCUCCCGAUAGACGCCAUUUUAACAGGCAACUUGUGUAUUGGCCUGUAAGCCGCGUCAUUUGCUACAUGACUAGGGAUCAAUUUCAGAAAGCCUGUAUAAGCAUACAAACUUAGAUGCCAUUUUUACAGGCAACUUGGGUACGAGCUUUGAGCUGUAAGCAUACCAAAUUUUAAUUGGUUGUUCUUUAGUUAUUUGGAGUUCAAAUCAUAAUUUGUAGACGGCACUAUUUAUUUUCUUCCAGAUGCAAUCGUACCAUCAUUAAUAUAAUGAGCAAAAGCCUCUUCAAAGUUUUGUCAAUGGUUUUGUGCAAGUUGUAAUCAAAGAAAUAUUUGUGACAAGACGUGCUUGUAUUAUAACCCAAAAAGUAAAACAAAAAAUCAAUUAAAACUAUUAGAAGUAUUAAA